UGCUCCUUGGUCAGACACCUUGGCGGCCCAGCUGGGACAGACGUUCCUCCUGGGUCCUGUCUGCACCCCUGUGUGAGCCUGUCAGAAUGUGCCAUUUGGGAUUGGUUCUUCUCACGCUCUGCCCGCCUCUCCAGAUGUCCCUGGAGAGCAGACACAGAGGCUGCUGCGCUCCUGGCCCCAACCCCAAAGCAGCACUGAGGCCUCACAGAGAUCUGCCCCUGAGCGCAAGUGGCCGACCCUUAGGACCAAGGUUGGCUCUGGUUGGGCGUUGAACUUGCCUGAGCUCAGUAUUUCUGAGCACUUCCUGCCUAGGCCCUGGGGCCAAACCCAGCUGCACAGUGUUGGGGAGGCUUUGUAUGUUCUGGGGUUGGUCUGCACAGCCCUGAAGUCUUUUGGAUUCGUUGCUUGUUGUUAGCUGCUGUCAAGUCAGUCAGACUCAUGGUGACCCUGCGUACAACUGAGCAAAAUGCUUUCCCGUCCUGCACCAUCCCUGUGAUCAGUUGCCAGUCGAAUCAUUGCAGUGCACGGGGUUCUCCGUGGCUGAUUUUCAGAAGUAGAGUGUGUGUGAUGCUGAGGCUACAGCCCCACCGAGACAAGUCCUGGGCCCACCCUGAAUGCCUGCUGAUAGCAAGUGAACAAACCAAUUCUAGAAGGUACCAAGGUCUGUGAAGGGAGCAAACAAUGGCUGUUAGACCGGGUGGCCAGGGAGACCUCCUGAGAUCGAGAGUGGGUAUGCCUGGCAUGAGAGAGCCACAGAGAGAGUGCCCAAGAGAGGGGGACAGAGCUGCAGGUGGACAGAGUGGGCAAGGUGAGGUUGGAGGGCAGGGCCAGGGGCUCAGGACUGAGGCAAGCAAGGGGUGGAGUUUGAAUUCUUUCCCCAGGGCAUUGGUUGCUGUGGACGGAUCAUCACAGUAACUGCAGGGGUGACCUGGGUUCUUGGUAGAUGGCCCACUCCGUUUUUAUAACUGAAGUUUUAUUGGCACACAGUCACGCCUAUUCAUUUCCGUAUUGUCUGUGGCUACUUCCACACUACAGUGGCAGAGCCGAAUCCUCAACACAGACAUUGUGGCCUGCAAAACUGACAGUAUGGGCUCUCUGGCCCUUUUGGGAAAACAUUUGCUGGCCCCUGAUCUAGAAUUACGAGCAGGAGACGGAUUGUGGCUUUUGUCAGACUCUCAAGAGACACUGUAGCUCCACGGAGGGCACGCGGAACGCAGUGCUCAACACAGAGGCGCGCACCAUGGACGCGGACGUGCUGAGCCGCCGCUGUGUCAUGAUGCGCCUGGUGGACUUCUCCUACGAGCAGUACCAGAAGGCGCUGCGCCAGUCGGCCGGCGCCGUGGUCAUCAUCCUGCCGCCUGCCAUGGCCGCUGUGCCGCAGGACGUCAUCCGGCAAUUCAUGGAGAUUGAGCCUGAGAUGCUGGCCAUGGAGACCAUUGUCCCCGUGUACUUUGCCGUGGAGGACGAGGCCCUGCUGUCCAUCUACGAGCAGACACAGGCAGCAUCCGCCUCCCAGGGUUCUGCCUCAGCCGCUGAAGUGCUGCUUCACACGGCCACCGCCAACGGCUUCCAGAUGGUCACCAGCGGGGUCCAGAGCAAGGCCGUGAGUGACUGGCUCAUCACCAGCGUGGAGGGGCGGCUGACUGGGCUGGGCGGAGAGGACCUGCCCACCAUCGUCAUUGUGGCCCACUACGACGCCUUCGGAGUGGCUCCCUGGCUGUCCCACGGCGCAGACUCCAACGGAAGCGGUAUCUCCGUGCUGCUGGAGCUCGCCCGGCUCUUCUCUAGGCUCUACACCUACAAACGCACCCACGCUGCGUACAACGUCCUGUUCUUUGCUUCCGGAGGGGGCAAGUUUAACUACCAGGGAACCAAGCGCUGGUUGGAAGACAACCUGGACCACACAGAUUCCAGCUUGCUCCAGGACAACGUGGCCUUCGUCCUGUGCCUGGACACUGUGGGCCGGGGCAGCAGUUUGCACCUGCACGUGUCCAAGCCCCCCCGGGAAGGCACACUGCAGCACGCUUUCCUUCGGGAGCUCGAGAUGGUGACCGCCCAUCAGUUCCCUGAGGUGCGCUUCUCCAUGGUGCACAAGAAGAUCAACCUGGCAGAGGAUACGCUGGCCUGGGAGCACGAGCGCUUCGCCAUCCGCCGCCUGCCUGCCUUCACCCUCUCACACCUGGAGAGCCACCGCGAUGGCCAGCGCAGCAGCAUCAUGGAUGUGCGGUCCCGGGUGGACUCUAAAACGCUGACACGGAACACAAGAAUCAUCGCGGAGGCCCUGACCCGAGUCAUCUACAACCUGACCGAGAAGGGGACCCCUCCUGACAUGCCUGUCUUCACCGAGCAGAUGCAGAUCCAGCAGGAGCAACUGGACUCAGUGAUGGACUGGCUCACCCACCAGCCGCGGGCUGCCCAGCUGGUGGACAAAGACAGCACCUUCCUGAGCACCCUGGAGUACUACCUGAGCCGCUACCUGAAGGAUGUGAAGCAGCACUACGUCAAGGCCGACAAGCGGGACCCAGAGUUUGUCUUCUACGACCAGCUGAAGCAGGUGAUGAACGCGUACAGAGUCAAACCAGCCAUUUUCGACCUGCUCCUGGCUGUCUGCAUCGGUGCCUACCUUGGAAUGGCCUACACAGCUGUGCAGCACUUCGACCUCCUGUACAAGACGGUCCAGAGGGUGCUCCUGAAGGCCAAGAUGCAGUGACCCAGGCCGGAGGGCCGCGCCACACGGACCCCCCAGGCCUUCCUGCCAGCCCAGGUGCCAGCUGGGGACAGAGCUUACCUUCCACACCUGUGGUUGAAACACUGAAUUACAGAGGUGUUCCGUAUUGCUCUUUCGGACUUGGGGGGUGCUUUCCUUUUUCCUUUUUUCCCUCUGAACUUCAUGGAGGAGAGCCUGGUAGAAGCCCAGGGGCAGCCCCGGACCAGGGGAGCCCCACCAGCUUCGUGUAGCAUGAGCUAUUAAAGAGGAAACGCACCAGGAUGCUGACCUGGACCUGGCUGUGCUCUGAAGAGGGCAGCCUGGCCUGGGCAGCCACCUCUGCCUCUGUCCUGCCCACAUGCCAGCCUGUGUGGUGUCCCCGGCCGGGCCAGAGAGCUGAGGGGCCAAUGUAGGCCAGGACCUCAUGAGCCCUGAAGACAGCAGCCCUGACCAGGGCUCCGGGUGGCCUUGCAGGUGCUCUGUCCUCCGCACCUCUCACCUCCCCUCUGUCCCUUCCUGUCGUGUUCCUGCUGAUGUGGCCCGAAAGUGACCAAGCACGGCUGCUGGCCCCACCCUCCCCUCGUGGCUUUUCCACGGCUGCCCCACAGUUGUGGCCUAUCUCUCUGGGUAUCCAGGUGUUUGUGGUGACCCGGGGCCGGGGCGCGGCUCAGUGUCAGAAGGGCUGGGCCAGACAGGUUGACAGCAGGUGUCUGAAAGAGGGAAGGGGCCGCUAGCCCCCCGGGACCCCCAGCCCCACUGUGCCCUCAUUAACCCCCUUUCGGCUGCCCUCCUGGGACCUGGAGGAGGUGGGAGACCAGGGAACUGGGGGGGCGUUGUUGAUAGCACCCUGCCAGGCCGUGUGGCGUGUGAGGGGGCAGGCAGUUAACCUCAGGGAGACCCAGGUGUGUCCAUUCGUUAGCAAUAUAAUUAAUGAAGUGUUCCCCAGAGGGCCAGGGUAGGGAAGCAGGGACAGGGGCCUGGAACCUGCUGAGGCCCUGUGUCCAUGGUCGCCAGGUUCUGAUGCUGAGGGGCAGGCUGCCCUGGGAGGGUCCUUGCCCACAUACAGCCCCUGGCUGUCCUUGAGAACUCAGGACUGAAGAAGGGGGGAGCCUAGCUUCCUGCCCAGCCAGUCCCUGCGUCCCAUCCCCCCCAACGCUGGAGGUUCCUGGUAGCAAUGUCUCCAGGCCCACGACUCCCAGGGCCAGCUGGGCUGUCCCCCACCAUGUCAGCCCAGCCUGGCGUCACUGGACUCCCAGGUCCAGCAGCUCCUCGUGUAGGGAGGCACGGCCGUGGGGACGGAGGUUCUCCCUGCCCUGCCUGGGGGUCCCCUCAGAGCCUGUCCAUCAAGCAUACCAGGGGCCGGGUGCAGCACUGAGACUGGCUCCCAGCCACGGUGGUGGGGUCCAGGCGUGUGUGGGGGUCCUCUGAGCUGUUAACACUGAUGUCCCUGAGCAAGCACUUCCCCCUUCCUGGGCAGGGCCUCCCAGUGGCCUGGCUGUCCCGGGGGCCCACGCUGGUGGGGGCAGUGGCUGUUCUGGGAGAGAAAUAAAGCCAUAUUGAACGAUC